AGCCUAUGGUGGAGGCCUUGGGUCUCUUCCAGGAUAUGGAGCAUAUCCAGGUGUAGGGUACCAAGGCGUACGCCCAGGUGUGUCUGCAGCAGAUUUGGGUGGACCUGAAGGGGCAAGUCUGGCAGCUCAAGAUUUUAACAGAGAAACAAGCAGAGCUGUAGAUCUUGGAGAACAAGAAAGAUCACUUGGAGCUGGAUUGAGGAGAAGCAGCAUCUUUGGUCCUACUGUUCCCAGAAUACAUGGAAGAAUCGAAAUUAACAGAAACAUCGCAUCAAAUCAUAGGCCUUCAUUACCUCUUGAUAAACAGAAUAAAGUUCCUGGUCUUCCAGCUUUCCAAAAAUCAUCUCAGGGAUAUAAUAAUGGGGGCAGUGAGGCAGUGUUAGCAGGCACUGGUAAUAGGCAGCUUCCUUUUGAUCAAGACAUCAAAAGUCUGGAUUCUUACAGUUCUCCACUUUACAGCCCCAGAGAUCCAUCAAGUGGAGGAAAUCAAGAUGCUAAAAAUGUUGGACCUCUGGGUGAUUUGUCAGAACCUUUGGGCAUAAACCCAUUAAAUGGUAAAAUGAGCAAAGGCCGUGGGUGUAAAACUCCUCCUGCACAAGGGCAAGAUGUCAAUGGCAACGUGUUUUCCACUGUACAGCAUCCAGCAGGGAUAAAUCCUUUAUAUGCACCUGCAAACAAUGAAGAUAUUAAAGGACCUCAGGCUCAAGACAAAAUUAGGCCCAAAGAUGGAUUCCAGACAUAUGAUCCGGUCAUCCCAGGUGAAAGUAGGACUCAGAAUUUGGGUAUCACAUUAACUGGAGAAGAACAGCAAGUUAAGGGUUCUACCCAAGAAGAUGCCAGACAUCUUUCUGAAGUUCAACAUGUAAACAAAAAGUCAAAACCUCUUCGUAUGCCAGGGCAGACUGAGAGGAAUACACAGGCAGCAAGUUAUAUCGGAGGAGCAGGAAACUAUCUUGGAGCGAGCCUGGGUGCUGCAGGCUAUGGAACGGGACAGGGAGCUUAUCUGGGAGGUGCUGCAGGAAAACUUAAUGCUGCUGCUGCUCUCGGACAGGGCGCGUAUCCUCAAGGUGUUGCAGGGAAAAACGGCUAUGGUGAAGGAAUGACGGGAUAUCUUGGUGCUAUGGGGGGUAACGGCUUGGGCUACGGUAACGGAUAUGGAGAUGGUUACGGAGCAGGGAUUGGUUACCCUGCAGAGUUAGCUGAUGGUGCUGAGAACAAAGCAGGGAAGAUUAAAGCUCUGAGCACAGGAGGCUACGGAGGACAGGUCCAGGAGGGAUAUGGAACACUUGGUACAGGACUGGAAUCAAUUGGGGGCAAAUAUGGAGGAGCUGCUCAGGUUCCUUAUGGUAACACUCCUGUGAUCCCUGCUGGGCUGGAAGGUGAUGGAGGCUACCCAUAUGCUUCUCAGCAGCUCGGCCUUGCUGCUGAAAACGCCAAAACAGCCAGCAAAUACGGUGCUGCUGCAGGUUAUGGGACCCGACAAACAGGUUACGGAGCACAGCUUGGAGCUCCUCAUGAUGCUCUGGUGGAGCAGACUGGCAAAUACGACGGAGUGAAUGCUGCACUUGGUAACGGGUACAAAGGUUAAGAAGUUGGCCUCUUCAAGUGGAUCUUCCUAUAUUUCUAUUGUUUUACCUUUUUGAUUUGCUUUUCUCAUUGUUACCCAUAUUUGUAUUGACCCUUCAAAACCUGCUGUACUCAUCACCAAUUGUUCUGUUUUAUAUCGUCAAAGUUUAAGUUGGAUGAUGAACUAAAAUAGAUGCAGAGUGCAAGAAAUGUAUGUUUGCUUGAUGAUCUUAUUGUUUUAGUCCAAUGAAGCAUCAUGUCAUGUGACGAUGAAUAAAAAAAACCAACUUCUGAGUCAA